UCAGUCUGACUGAUCGGCCCGUUCCGCCUCUGCCCUCAGUCCCGGACCUCUGACAGUCACACAGGGGACUCGACUGCUCUACUGGAGCCGAACUGGGACAAUCCUAGAGUGGGUCCAACUGGCACAACCCAACGGGCACCCCGGGAUUUACAAACUCCAGAAAGAUCCUGGACCCCCGGGCCCCGCACUGAAACCUACUCACAGACUCUCCAGGAUUUUCUCAUGAGCCCCCUGCAGAAGGGCACCCAGAACAGGAACCCUGACACUGCACCCAAAUACUGACACAACUGCACCCCAAUAUUGACACAGCUGCACCCCAACCUUGGCACUGAGUAAACCCCAGGAUAACAACCCUACAAAUGUACUGACACCCCUUUACUGUCACAGCUGAACCCCAAUUAAGAGACACUGGCACCACAAGAGCAAACCCCACUGCACCCCAAACAUCCAUACGGGGAGACACAGCCUUCAGCAAUAACUCGGGGUUGGCAGAGAAGAACUGCAGCUCCCAGACCCCCAUGCACCGAGGGACUGAGAAUAACACAGAGAGGCUUAAAUGGGAACCGAAGAAGAAAUUCUCCUUUUUCCCUUCUCCAAAAGACUGGAACUUCCGAGGGCGGAAAAGAAAGCAGAGUUGCAAUGAGCAAGAUGAAGUUCUCAGCGUGUGCAGCCUGGACGCCAGUGACGAACCAAGCACAAAACGGGUUAAACCUCUCUCAAGAGUCACAUCACUGGCGAACCUUAUCCCACCUGCGAAACCGACACCCUUGAAACGAUUCAGCCAAUCUCUCCAGCGCUCCAUCAGUUUCCGAAGUGACAGCCGGCCUGAUUUGUUCACCCCGCGCCCCUGGUCAAGAAAUGCACCCCCUCCUAUCACCAAGCGGAGAGACAGCAAGCUCUGGAGCGAGACCUUUGAUGUCUGCGUCAAUCAAGUGCUCACAUCCCAAGAGAUCAAGAGACAGGAGGUCAUAUUCGAGUUAUCACAAGGAGAGGAAGACUUAAUUGAAGAUUUAAAGUUAGCAAAAAAGGCUUAUCAUGACCCAAUGCUGAAGCUCUCUAUAAUGACAGAACAAGAGUUAACCCAAAUCUUUGGGACCCUGGACUCACUAAUUCCUCUGCAUGAAGAUCUCCUUAGGCGGCUGCGUGAGGUCCGGAAGCCAGAUGGUUCCACAGAGAAUGUUGGCCAUAUCUUAGUUGGCUGGCUCCCCUGUUUGAACUCCUAUGACAGCUACUGUAGCAAUCAAGUGGCGGCAAAGGCUCUUCUGGAUCAUAAGAAACAAGACCACCGAGUGCAAGACUUUCUGCAGAGGUGCCUAGAAUCUCCGUUCAGCCGCAAACUAGACUUGUGGAAUUUCCUCGACAUCCCCAGAAGUCGCCUGGUCAAGUAUCAUCUGUUGCUAAAAGAGUUAUUGAGGCAUACGCCUAAUGGCCACCAAGAUCAGCAGCACUUAGAAGAAGCUAUUAAUAUCGUCCAAGGGAUCGUGGCAGAAAUCAACAUAAAGACCGGUGAAUCCGAGUGCCACUAUUAUAAGGAGAGACUGAUUUACCUUGACGAAUGCCAAAAAGACCCUCUUAUCGAUAACUCUCGAGCCCUGUGCUGUCAUGGGGAGCUCAAGAACAACAGGGGAGCGAAAUUUCAUGUCUUCCUCUUCCAAGACGUUUUGGUGAUAACAAGGACCAUCACCCAAAAUGAGGCGCUUUACUACCAAGUAUAUCGGCAGCCGAUCCCCGUGAAAGAUCUCAUCUUGGAUGAUUUACAGGACGGGGAGGUGCGGCUGGCAGGGUCGCUUCGCGGCGCCUUUAGCAACAACGAGAGAAUAAAGAACUUUUUUAGAGUGGGUUUCAAAAAUGGAUCCCACAGCCAAGCCCACUUUCUGCAGGCAAACGACACGUUCAACAAGCAACAGUGGCUGAACUGUAUUCGUCAAGCCAAAGAGUCGGCGGUAUGUUCUGGGGGAGACGACGCGUCCUCCUCAAACGGACGUUUAUCAAUAUCGGCCAAUGGGACCUGUGGUUCUCAGCCGCCGGCGCGGUUUGAGAAAAUGGACCAAUCGGACAGUGUUUCGGACUGCAGCAUGGACAUAAGCGAAACCAGCAUGGACUGCGAGCAAAUGGAACAAACAAACUCUCACAACAAGGAGGAGGUUGAAAGUAAUGUUUGACCCAGCGGCCGCCAUAUUGGGUUACCUGUACAGUGUUUUUCAUUCCGUUUGUGGAGCAGUUGGAGAAGCACUUUGAAGAUAUCAGCUGUGUCUUUUCUCACACUAUCUGCUGAUAAGGACCCUGUCACUACCGAGGACGUCUCUGGGAGUCAAAAUGGGGAGCCACUGAGCCUCCGUCAUCCAAAGUAGUUGGCGAGUUUGGCUCCGUCUUUAAACUACUGUCAACGGGUGUAUUGUACAUGAAAUGUGUUUACUGUAAAGCUGUUAUUGUGUUUCUCAACACUGUGUCUUAAAAGAAGGUUCUGAUCCACAUGUUGAGUGUCAGAGAGGUGCCUAACUGCUGCCCGGCAACUGUUGUUGGACUACAGCCCCCUGCGUUCUUAUUUCAUAUGUACAAAACAUGGCCAUGGCCUUAGGGUAUUAAUAUAGCAUAAUGAUACAUAAUAAGGAACGGCAGGAACAUGGUGGAAGCAAUAUCCCCCCAGGUCAUAAGAUAAAGUCUAGAAGAAAAGCUGAGAACAGAUUAAGACUAAUGAUCUGCUCGGGCGCAUUCCAAACAAGGUUUUCAUAUUAAUCCGCUUAUGGUCGGAGAGACCGAAUAUUUCUGUUCAGAAAGGGCGAACUUUGGUAUGAAUAAAAAAAAAACCAAAGCAUUAAAUUGGAUGCGGGACCUUACCCCUAAAUAUAUGGGGUAGAGCAAUGGAAAUCUUGCAGUUCCAUGAUAAACAGCUUCACUGGUCUGUUCUCUUCGUGCAGAUCUUGUGAUAUAAUUUUAUACAUUUGUCCGUGUUACUGUAACAGGGUCACUCCCUUUAUUACUAUUAAAAAACACUGUGCAGACGGUGUACCCUUGAAAUGGCCCAUUUAGUUGAUCAAAUUGAGCAGCUCUGCGCUGCCAUCUGUUGGCAGAAGCUGGAACUGCAUGUGCUGCUUUCAAGUUGAAUUUUCUUCAAACCUCCCAUGAGUCGACGUCUGAAGUACCAGUCUGGAAAGGCUGAAGUUUAAGCAGCACUAGUUAUAGAUCUAUAAUGUGCCAUUCAUGUGAUUUAUGUUGUGUGCAGAGAGACGGUGACCUUACAAUUCAAUCUGCAUUUUGGGCACUUUGGGAUAACUUUCUCUUAAAUCUCUGACCUGUACAGUUACAAUUCAGCAGCCAUGGCUAGGAGCUCUGCUGUCCAACACAAAUGCUCUGUAUAUUCAGUUAUAACAGAACCACAGCCUCUAUGACUGCAGCACAAGGCGGAUAAAGGAUUUUUGAAUUGUAAAUAAUCAUAAUAUUAAAGCACUAGCUGAGACACGUGUAAUUAUCGGUGGCAUUUCCUUGGGUCUUUUGUUUGCACCAAAUAAACACACACCUGCGCCGUUAUACAGAUGGAGCGUCCAGUUGCGCUAUUUAAUAAACACCCCACACAAAACAAAACCCCUCCAAUGAUAUUGUGCUUUAAUUGCCUUGUUAGAAUGUUCUAUUUAUAGUGAAAGACAAAUCUGGUGAUUCGUUUGUGGUUUAUUAGCUCCAGAGUCUGUGCCGAGUGCAAGUGCUGGAGGCGAUGCUCUCACUUCUAUUAUUUGCCAUGACAUUGUCACAUUCUGGUGUUUUUAUCUGAGGAUUGGGGGGAAAAGAUUUGUUCAUGUGAUGAGUUUAGGGCAGGUAAUAGAAGGCUAGAGGCAUUGUAAUUGAAAUAUUGCCAAAGGUCUAGUACAGGAGAACAAUGCAUAUUGGUGGGAAAAGACGUAUAUUUUCUAUGAAAUUAUAUAAAUAUUUUGUAUAAAGACCUCAAGUUACCGUGGAAUCGAAAAUAAAUCACAUUCAGCAGUA